AUGUCUGGCAAGAAGGCGACGGAGGCGACCGUGAACUUGGCCACCCUGGCGGAGCCAGACUUCUGGCGGCAACGCGUCGAAAUCUUCGAGAAGCUAUGGCAGCAGCAGCAGAACCGCUAUGAGUCGAUGAAGGCCCCGAUCAAGGUGAGCCUACCGGAUGGGAAGGUGAUGGACGCCGAGAGCUGGGUUACCUGCCCGCGGGACAUCGCAAGGCGCCUGUCCAACUCGCUGCCAGACAAGGUCAUUGUGGCCCGCGUGAACGAGGCCCUGUGGGACUUGACGCGGCCGUUCGAGGCGGACUGCCAACUGGAGCUGCUGGACUGGGACGACAAGGAUGCACGUGAGGUGUUCUGGCACAGCUCCUCGCACGUGCUCGGCUACGCGCUCGAGCGCAUCUUCGACACGAAGCUCUCCGUCGGCCCGGCGCUGGAGGAGGGCGGCUUCUUUUACGAGGGCCUCACUAAUCGCCCGGUGUCGGAGUCCGACUACAAGGCGAUCGAGUCAGCCAUGCAGGAGCUGGUGAAGCAGAAGAUGCCAUACCAGCGUCUCGAAGUGUCGAAGGAGGACGCCCUGAGGCUCUUCGGCUACACGGAGUUCAAGAGCAAGAUCCUGGCAAGCAAGGUGCCGGACGGGGGCUCGUGCACCGUGUACCGGUGCGGUAUGCUGAUUGACCCGUGCCGUGGUCCCCACCUCCCGGACACGGGCCGCGUCAAGGCCUUUGCUGUGACCAAGAACUCUUCCUCUUACUUUGAGGGCAAGGCCGAGAACGAGGUGCUGCAGCGCGUGUACGGCAUUUCGUUUCCGAAGAACCCCAUGCUGACGGAGUGGAAGAUGAUCCAGGAGGAGGCUGCGAAGCGUGACCACCGCGUGAUUGGCCGCCAACAGAACCUCUUCAACUUCCACGAGGUCUCGCCUGGUAGCGCCUUCUGGCUGCCGCACGGCGCUCGCAUCUACAACACCCUCGUAGAGUUCCUGCGCAAGAAGUAUCGCUGCUGCGGCUUCCAGGAGGUCAUCUCGCCGAACAUGUACUCCUCCAAACUUUGGAUGGUGUCGGGCCACUGGGAGAAGUACGCCGACAACAUGUUCUGCACCAAGUGCGAAAAGGAGGACUUUGGUCUGAAGCCGAUGAACUGCCCGGGCCACUGCAUCAUGUUCGCGUCGCAGCCGCACUCGUACAAGGAGCUGCCGAUUCGCUACGCCGACUUUGGCGUGCUGCACCGGAACGAGCUGAGCGGCGCCUUGACGGGGCUGACCCGCGUGCGCCGCUUCCAGCAGGACGAUGCACACAUCUUCUGCCGCAUGGACCAGAUCACAGAUGAGAUGGAGGGCCAGAUGCAGUUCCUCAGUGACGUUUACGGCGUGCUGGGCUUCAAGUUCUAUUUUUACCACUCCACCCGCCCCGCGAACAAGCUCGGCUCCGACGCGCUCUGGGACCAGUCCGAGUCGUAUCUGCGCACCGCGCUCAACCGGUUCUGCGGCAUUCCGGAGGAACUGCCCGAUCCGCUGCACCCGGACCAGCGCUUUCACUACGACGGCAAGCCGGACUCGGUCAAGAAGAUGAAGAUGCUCAUGAAGAAGGCGGAGCGCAGCGAGGACCCGAACGCGUGGAAGGGCCCAACCAACGGCAGCGAGGGCUGGAUCGAGAACGCUGGCGAUGGCGCCUUCUACGGCCCCAAGAUCGACAUCGUGGUCGAGGACGCGCUGCGCCGCCGCCACCAGUGCGCCACGAUCCAGUUGGACUUCAACCUGCCGAGUCGCUUUGGCCUGAAGUACACCCUUCCCACCGCAGAGAAGGACGAGGCGACGGUGGGCCCAACGGAGAAGCGGAGGCAUGCCGACCCUGCCUCGACCGCGUCGUCGCCGGCCGUGGCAGAGGGCGAGAGCAAACCGAAGCCCGGCACGUACGAGGCUGCUGUGCGUGACCUUGGCAUCGACCUCGAGCUGGACGCCAACCAGGCCCGCCCCGUCAUGAUCCACCGCGCCAUUCUCGGUUCCUUGGAGCGCUCGAUCGCCAUUCUGUGCGAGCACUUUGGCGGCGACUGGCCGUUCUGGCUGAGCCCCCGCCAAGUGAUGGUGGUGCCUGUUUCGGCCUCCAACUACGAGUAUUCACAGCAGGUGCGCGACACGAUGCACGAUGCCGGCUUCCACGCGGACGUCGACAACGGUGCCGCCACGCUGGACAAGAAGAUCCGCAACGCGGAGAAGGCGCGCUACAACUUCAUCCUUGUCGUGGGUCAGCAGGAGCAGGACGCGACCGGCGUCAACAUCCGCGCGCGCGGGGAGAGGAGACUGGGUAACAAGUCACUCGAGGAGGCGUUGCAGUGGUUCAAGGAGCUGGCGGACACACAUAGCCGGGAGUACUAG